AUGGAGGUGAUGAACAUGAUGGAGCAGCCGAUCAAGGUGACGGAGUGGCAGCAGACCUACACCUACGACUCUGGCAUACAUUCUGGGGUGAACACCCAGGUGCCGUCGGUCAGCAGCAAAUGCAUGGCGGAUGACGAGGACCUCUACGCCAAGCAGUACACCAUCAAGACAACCACCUACAGAGAGGCGGGGAGCCAGGGCCUGGGCCCAGCGGCAGCAGACAUGGAGUCUCAGCUGGCCAUGACACGGGCCCAGCGUGUCCGGGCUGCCAUGUACCCAGAGACCGUGGAGGACCGAUCCCUGCUCAUGACCACUCACAUCGAGGGCCAGCAGACCAAUGUGCAGAGGCUAGCCGAGCCCUCGCAGAUGCUGAAAUCUGCCAUUGUGCAUCUGAUCAACUACCAGGACGAUGCGGAGCUGGCCACCCGGGCCAUCCCGGAGCUCACCAAGCUGCUGAAUGACGAGGACCCGGUUGUGGUCAGCAAAGCGGCCAUGAUAGUGAACCAGCUGUCCAAGAAGGAGGCAUCGCGCCGUGCCCUGAUGCAGUCCCCACAGAUUGUGGCAGCGGUGGUGCGUGCCAUGCAGCACACCAGCGACUUGGACACGGCCCGCUGCACCACCAGCAUCCUGCACAACCUCUCACACCACCGUGAGGGGCUCCUGGCCAUCUUCAAAUCUGGAGGCAUCCCAGCUCUCGUGCGGAUGCUCAGCUCUCCGGUCGAGUCGGUCUUGUUCUACGCAAUCACCACCCUGCACAACCUGCUGCUGUACCAGGAAGGCGCCAAGAUGGCGGUGCGCCUGGCUGAUGGCCUCCAGAAGAUGGUUCCCCUGCUGAACAAGAACAACCCGAAAUUCCUCGCCAUCACCACUGACUGCCUUCAGCUCCUAGCCUACGGAAACCAGGAGAGCAAGCUGAUUAUUUUGGCCAACGGGGGACCCCAAGCCCUGGUGCAGAUCAUGCGCAGCUACACCUACGAGAAGCUGCUCUGGACCACCAGCCGGGUGCUCAAGGUCCUGUCUGUGUGUCCCAGCAACAAGCCUGCCAUUGUGGAGGCCGGUGGCAUGCAGGCUCUGGGGAAACAUCUGACCAGCUCUAGCCCAAGGCUCGUACAGAACUGCCUGUGGACCUUGAGGAACCUCUCUGAUGUGGCCACCAAGCAGGAGGGGCUAGAUGGCGUCCUCAAGAUCCUGGUCAACCAGCUGAGCUCGGACGACGUGAACGUGCUGACCUGCGCCACCGGCACCCUCUCCAACCUGACCUGCAACAACAGCAAAAACAAGACCCUGGUCACGCAGUCCAACGGGGUGGAAGCCCUGAUCCACACCAUCCUGAGGGCGGGCGACAAGGAGGACAUCACCGAGCCGGCUGUCUGUGCCCUGCGGCACCUCACCAGCCGGCACCCGGAGGCAGAGAUGGCCCAGAACUCGGUGCGGCUCAAUUACGGCAUCCCGGCGAUCGUCAAGCUCCUCAACCAGCCCAACCAGUGGCCGCUGGUCAAGGCCACUAUCGGGCUGAUCCGCAACCUGGCCCUGUGCCCGGCUAACCAUGCCCCGCUGCAGGAGGCUGCCGUGAUCCCUCGCCUGGUCCAGCUGCUGGUGAAGGCUCACCAAGACGCCCAGCGCCAUGUGGCAGCUGGCACGCAGCAGCCGUACACAGAUGGAGUGAAGAUGGAGGAGAUAGUGGAGGGGUGCACAGGAGCCCUGCAUAUUCUGGCCCGGGACCCAAUGAACCGCAUGGAGAUCUUCCGACUCAACACGAUUCCUCUCUUUGUGCAGCUGCUCUACUCCCCGGUGGAGAACAUCCAGCGGGUGGCAGCCGGAGUGCUGUGCGAGCUGGCCCAGGACAAGGAAGCUGCUGACACGAUUGAUGCCGAGGGGGCCUCUGCUCCGCUGAUGGAACUGCUGCAUUCCAGGAACGAAGGCACAGCCACCUAUGCUGCAGCCGUGCUGUUCCGCAUCUCCGAGGACAAAAACCCCGACUACAGGAAACGCGUCUCCGUCGAGCUCACCAACUCCCUCUUCAAACACGACCCUGCGGCCUGGGAAGCAGCGCAGAGCAUGAUCCCAAUCAACGAGCCAUACCCAGAGGAUAUGGAUGCUGGUUAUCGUAUUUAUUCGGGUGACGACCCCUUGGACAUGAACAUGGAUAUGGAUGGAGACUAUCCCAUGGACGCCUACAGCGAUGGCGUCCGAGGACACUACCCCGAACACAUGCUCGCCUAA